UCCGUCCUCUUCUACUCCUCUCCCUACCGGCGCCUCUUGGAUAAAAGGGCCAGGCCAUGGCGCCGUGCCUUCUCAUCACUCCAUCAGCCCACAGGCCACAGCUCCAAGUGGCUUGCGCGAGCGUGUGCAACAGCCGCUGCUAUGGGGCAGAGAGAGGCGGCGACGGUGUCGGUUGCUCUGGUGGUGCUGGCUGCGGUGGCGACGGCCAUGCUGCCGGCGGCCAGCGCGUCGCCGGAAGAAGGGUUCCAGCCGCUGUCCAAGAUCGCUGUCCACAAGGCCACCGUCGAACUGCAUCAUUCGGCGUACGUGAAGGCGACGCCGUCGUUGCUCGGCAAGCAGGGAGAAGACACCCAAUGGGUGACUGUGAAGUACGGCCGGGCAAACCAAUCCGCCGACGACUGGAUUGCCGUUUUCUCUCCAGCUGAUUUCAUCUCGGGUACGUGCCCUAACCCUUCGAGGCACCCUGGAGAACCGCUGCUCUGCACGGCACCUAUCAAGUAUCAGUACGCCAACUACUCGGCGAACUACAUCUACUGGGGCAAGGGCAGCAUCAGGUUCCAGCUCAUCAACCAGCGGUCCGACUUCUCCUUCGCCCUCUUCACCGGCGGCCUCGAGCAUCCCAAGCUGAUCGCGGUGUCGGAGCCGAUCGCGUUCAAGAACCCCAAGGCGCCCGUGUUCCCGCGCCUCGCGCAGGGCAAGUCCCACGACGAGAUGACGGUGACAUGGACGAGCGGCUACGACAUCAGCGAGGCGUACCCGUUCGUGGAGUGGGGCCUGGUAGGCGGCGGCGGCGCCCGGCCGACGCGCACGCCCGCCGGGACGCUCACGUUCAGCCGCGGCAGCAUGUGCGGUGAGCCGGCGCGCACGAUCGGGUGGAGAGACCCCGGUUUCAUCCACACGGCGUUCCUGCGGGACCUGUGGCCCAACAAAGAGUACUACUACAAGGUUGGACACGAGCUCGAGGACGGGUCCGUCGUAUGGGGCAAGCACUACGCUUUCCGUGCUCCGCCGUUCCCGGGGCAGAACUCGCUGCAGCGCAUCAUUGUCUUCGGCGACAUGGGGAAGGCUGAGAGGGACGGAUCGAACGAGUUCGCGAACUACCAGCCGGGGUCGCUGAACACGACCGAUAGGUUGGUUGAGGAUCUGGACAACUACGACAUCGUGUUCCACAUCGGCGACCUGCCCUACGCCAACGGCUACAUUUCCCAGUGGGAUCAGUUCACGGCACAGGUCGGGGCCAUCACCGCGAAGAAGCCCUACAUGAUCGCCAGCGGCAACCACGAGAGAGACUGGCCGAACACCGGGGGAUUCUUCGACGUCAAGGACUCCGGCGGCGAGUGCGGCGUGCUGGCGGAGACCAUGUACUACUACCCGGCCGAGAACCGAGCGAACUUCUGGUACAAGGUGGACUACGGGAUGUUCCGGUUCUGCAUCGCGGACUCUGAGCACGACUGGCGGGAAGGCACGGAGCAGUACCAGUUCAUCGAGCAGUGCCUGUCGACAGUGGACCGGAAGCACCAGCCGUGGCUCAUCUUCGCGGCGCACCGCGUGCUGGGCUACUCCUCCAACUCCUGGUACGCCAUGGAGGGCUCCUUCGAGGAGCCCGAGGGCCGCGAGAGCCUGCAGAAGCUGUGGCAGAAGUACCGCGUCGACAUCGCCUUCUUCGGCCACGUCCACAACUACGAGAGGACCUGCCCCGUCUACCAGGGCCAGUGCAUGACCAAGGAGAAGAGCCACUAUUCCGGGACGAUGAACGGCACCAUCUUUGUGGUUGCCGGCGGAGCAGGCAGCCACCUAUCGGACUACACCACGGCGAUCCCCAAGUGGAGCAUCUUCCGCGACCGCGACUUUGGGUUCGUGAAGCUCACGUCGUUCAACCACUCGUCGCUGCUGUUCGAGUACAAGAAGAGCAGCGACGGCGAGGUGUACGACUCCUUCACCAUCGACAGGGACUACCGCGACGUGCUCAGCUGCGUGCACGACAGCUGCUUCCCCACCACGCUGGCCACCUAAGUCAGUGCUAGCCAGGAGCAGGGUGGCGAUGGCUUGAUCUAGCAGCUGAGCCAGAUGAACUUGUGUUUGGUGCGGUCACGAGUGAUCAAUCUGUUGUGUCCUUGUUCGCCCUGGUCGCGGCUCUUGCGAUCAUGAACUCUGUUUCUCCAUCUUCCAUUUUUCGCGCAAUAAAAACUGCUCAGCGAGUGGUCAAGUAAUCUUCA